GAGAUGGCCUUCAACCUGGAGGAGUAUUUGCGCACGGCUUUCCGGGACAAGCUGCGGCUGCAGACGGUACCGGCGUGGGAUGCUGCCGUGCUGCUGCCCUCCACGCGCUUGCUGCUGAAGAGGCGGGAGGUGGCGGAGGUGGAGCGGGUGCUGCAGAGCCAGCGGGAGGAGUUUCGGCAGAGGAUGGAGCGCCUGGAGCAGCGCUGGCAGCAGCUGGGCCAGCGGAAGGAUCAGCUCCAGGAUGUUGUCCUCAAAUUCAACGUCUUCCUCAAGGCUUCGGCGGCGAGGCAGGAGCGGGCACUGCGGCGGGCAGAAGAGGAGUGGGCGCGGGCGGCGGGACAGGGUGCUGAGGCUGCCCGCCUGCGCCAGGAGCUCACGGGGCUGCUACAGCGCAGGGAGCACCUGGCCCGGCGCCUGCGGAGCCUCCAAGGCUUCGGUGACUAUCUGCAGGGCGUGCUGGCCAGAACGGAGCAGUUCCAGGACGUCCCAGCCAUGCUGGCCCAUUUUGGGGUGCUGGUGGGGGCACAGGCAGCCCUGGCGCAACAGGCAGAAGCUGGGCAGGAGCGGCUGGCCCAGGGCUGGGCACGGCUCCGGCGGUACCAGGAGGAGGCCAGCAGCGAGCUCCUGCGCACCAACAAUGAGCUGACCCAGCUCCGUGCACGCCUGGAGGCCGCCCGCCAUGAGGUGCUCCAGGAAGAGUCCUGCUGGGCCCAUGUCCAGAGCACGGCCGCCCAGAAGACCCUGCUGCUGGGGCAGAUCAAGCUGGCAGUGCUGAACCUCUUCCAGCUCGCCACCACGCGGCUCAAGGUCCCCACGGACGUGGCCCUGGAGGACACCGAGGCCCAGCUGGACACAGUGCUGCUCUGCAUGCAGGAUCUGACUGCCAUCUGUGCCGAGCUGCGCCCCAGGCAGACGGGGCCGUGUCCCCCACGCUUGCCUGCAGCCACCAGCAUGCACCCACUGCGCCACGGGGGUGCCAGGGUGCCUCCGAGCCAGGAAUAG